CAGAUGAUAAGUAUAAUUUUACUUGGAAACCUCCAUGGAAGAACUUUCGUAUCAAAGUAUGUUCCAGCAACGAAGUUUUGGACAACACUUCUGGAUUUCUUAUUCCAUCAAAAAUGCAGUUUUUAAUUACACAUCAUGUGUCAACAGUACAGAAAAUAAUUCGCAAUUUGGAGAGUUCAAUAGUUGAAAGCAUAAACUCGGCAGAAGAACUUCUAGAAAUAAAAGUAAAGUCACUGAAAGGUGAAGAUAUAUUUACUGAAAUUGAGAGAGCUUUAGCUAGGGAAACUGAUGAUAUUGUUAUGAAACCUAUUCAAAGAUUAGAGUUUACAUCAAGCUUAGUAGAGGAGCUUUUCAAAAAGGAAUUAAAAGAACAAACCAUUGACCUUAUGCGAGACGAAACCAAUAUAUUCGUAGUAGGAUUUGAGCAAAUGAAGUCUUUGAUCACUAAACAAAUUGACGAAAUCAAUCGAGUUACUGCCACCAAAGUUGUAAAACUAGGAGAUAAGUGGAAAAUUGAAGCUGUCAAGUGUUUUGGAAUUACUGAAACACUCAGUAAAACUUUUUCUGCUGUUGUCUUUCGUCUGCAAGAAGAAACUUCCAGUGUGUAUUUAAAAGGGAGAGAUGUCACGAUAAACAAAGCAGAAAAAGAAGUACACAAGUUGUUAUCAGAUUUGUUCAACGAAAAAUUACUCUUUGAUCCACUGACUCUGAAACUGUUGAUCUCUAAAGAGACUUCCGAACUUUUCAAUGAAAUUCUUCAAAAGGAACAUCUUCCAGUAGUCUGGACAGUUGAUAGUACCCAUCUCUAUUUCUUUAGCAAAACAAAAAUCGACACAGAUACAUUAAAAGCAAUUGUCUAUGAAAACUUUUUGACAGCAGGGUUUUCCAAAUCACCCUAUCAUGGAAAGCAGUUUUGCGAUAGCUACGCUUUUAUUGAAAUAACAAAUAAACAAAACAAUAAGUUGCUUUUUCUUGAGACAACCAAGUCAGGUGUAAAUAUUGCUGGAACAAAGAACCUGAUAUUUAAUCUUCUUCAUCAAGAGAAGUUAUUCUACAACGAUGUUGGAAACGCAAAAGAAAUACAGGUCGACACAUUAAGCUUAGAGGUAGCUAGCAUUAAAGAUGAGAAAAUGAAAAUUGAUCGUGAAAAGAGAGAACUUGAGGUGAAAUUGAAUGACGAAACUCAAAAGAGAAAGAAUACUAACGAUCAAUAUCAGUUAUUAGAAAGAAAAUGCAAGGAAGGGGAAGAAAAGCUUAAAAGAAUUACCCUUGAGAAAGAGUUGUUACUGAGGGAAAGCAGAGAUAAAGAGGCGAAUUUUAUUACACAAUUGGAAGAAUUAAAAAAAAUGAAUGACAAACGGAAAAAAAAUCCAAGGGCUUCUUCUGAUACAAAGAGUAGGCCCAUGCAAGGACAAAUUUUGCAACAACGCCCAACACAACCAUCAGGAUGUCAACAGCCGGAUUUUCUAAAUCCAACAGAAGACGAAGGAAAAGUGAAAGAAAACGUCAGUGACAUCUUUUAUCGCCAUGCAGUAUAUGAAGAAAAUAUACAGCUGACAAGAUCAGAGUUGAGAUUUUUACAAGAACAGUACCAAACAGAAAUUAGAAGUCUUCAACAACAGUGUGCAAAAGAUCAUGUGGCACUUAACAUUGAUAAUAUCCUUGUUUUUAUUCGGGGAAAUUCAAAUGGAGUCAAAGAUGCAAAGAAGAAGAUUGAUGGUAUAGUCAGAUCUAUUUAUAAAAAGAAAUAUACCUUGAAAAAAGCUGGCAUUGUGCGACAUAUGACAAGUAACCAGGGACAAACCAUAAUCAGUCAAGUGGAGAAAAGGAACAAAGUUGUUGUACAAUUACAGACUGGUGAGGAUAGUGAUGAUGAGGAGAAUACAGGUCAAGCCCAGCCAAUCUCACCAAGAAUAACAUACAAAGAGACAGCUAGGUGUACCAUACCUUCAGGACAAACAAUAAUUACUGUUGUGGGGGAUAUUACAGAACUUGAUGUUGAUGUUAUUGUUAAUGCUGCCAAUAAAGAACUGCAACAUGUGGGAGGACUGGCUAAAGUUAUAGUUGACAAAGGUGGCAAAAGCAUACAGAAAGAAUGUGAUGAUUAUGUUCGUUCAAAAAGCAGAGCACGGAAAUUGUAUGAAGGAGAAAUUUUCUGUAGUUCUCCUGGUAACCUCAACUGUAAAAUGAUUGCACAUGCAGUUGGACCUGUCUGGCAGAAUGGUCGCCAAUCAGAAGAUGAAUAUUUAAGUGAAUGUAUACAGGCAUCUUUAGAGAAAACAGAAGAUAAGAAAUAUAGAAGUAUAGCAAUUCCAGCUUUAUGUACUGGUGUGUUUGGCUAUCCACCAAAUAAAGCUACCAAAGUUAUUCUAGAAGCUAUCCGCGAUUACUUGAGAGAGAAUGGAGCUACAUCACCAGUCCGCCAGAUCUACUUAUGUGAUGUCAAAGAAGAUAUUGUUGACCAUUUUGUAUCUGCUCUUGAGAGAUAUUUUGAUAAAGCUAACAUUAAAAAGCAAGUAGGUAAUCCUGGUUUUGUUAGAAGACCUCCACUUAGAUUUUUGCCUGAUCAAGGAGUAUCAGGUGGAUGGCAGCAGAGAGCUUUGGCGGACAAUAGACAGGGUAGUGUUGACAUUGGAAAUUUGACAUUGAAAGUUUACCAAGGGGACCUAACUGAGGCUAGUGUUGAAGUGAUAGUUAAUGGUACUAACAGAGAACUAGACUUGACAAGAGGUGGUGUGUCUCAAGCUAUUCUCAAAAAAGGAGGAAGAGAACUAUCACAGCUGUUGUCAGUACCAGCAGCUAAGAAAGAAAUGAAGAGGGAAGGUGUUGCCACGACAACAGCAGGAAGUAAUUUCAGUUGUGACUUUAUUAUACAUAUCAAUAUGGAGGACAGUCAUAUGGACUUAAAGGCUAAAUUUGAAACUGUCUUGGAAAAAGUUGAUGAAUUGAACAAGACAUCAGUAGCAUUGCCAGCUUUAGGAGCAGGAAUAAGCUUUUCAAUAGACAAGGUUGCAGAGAAUCUAUUUGAAGCUUUGGUCAGUUUUCAUAGGAAGACUACAGAUAUCUCUGAAGUUCAAGUAGUAAUUUAUGAGAAGGACAAAUUAUCUCAAUUCCUGGCAGCCAUGCAGAACUGCUUACAGUCACAGAGUUACCAAUCACAAGGACUGAUCAGUAAAGUUAAAGGAAUUUUUGGAUAUGGAGAAAAGAAAUCAGUAUCUACAAAGCAAUGGAAAGUCAGUAAGAUGCCAAGCUCUGUUCUGAAUCUUGUUGUUUAUGCCAAGAAACAGAUUGAUGCAGAUUCAGCACUACGGUCCUUAGAAGAGAGCUUGAUCAAUGAUUAUAAAGAAAAACUUAUUGAGGAUACUGUAAUUAAAGAGCUCACUAAAGAACAAGAAGCUAAAAUCUUGAAGUUAGAAGAAACAUGUGAAGUAGAGAUAGAAUUUAAUAAAAGAAUAGGUCGUAUCAAAUUCAGAGGUUUGAUAGAAAAUCUGUCCGAGGCUAUGGAUGAGGUCCACAAAAAUUUGCGAGAUGUUGAAAGACAAAGACAGAAACAACAACAUGCUAAGUUAGUAGCAGACAUGGUGCAGUGGUAUUUUAUUUCUGUAGAAGAUACUGGACAAAAGUUGGAGGAGUAUCCAGCAGAAGUUAAUCUAAUUUUAGAACAAGCUUUAAAAAACAAUGAAUCACAGGCAAUCUACUUCGAUAAAAGUGGAAAUAGGUAUAUUGUGGAUUUUAAUAAUUAUGAGGCAUUUCCUGAGGAUGAUCCAUUUGAUUAUGUUGCUGUUCUCAGAAAGUCUAAAAUGACAGAUUAUGCUUUUGAAAUGCCACCUAACUGGGCAUCCAUGGAUCAAAAUGAGAAUAUAAAGAUUGUUACAUUACAACCUGCUGAUAAAGAAUACCAAGAUGUUGUACAAGAUUUUCAGAUGAAUAUGGCAGGAAACUAUAAAAGUAUUAUAAAGAUGGAGAAAAUACAGAACAAAACUUUACAACAACAAUAUGAAGCUAAAAAAUUAUCAAUGCAUUCUACAAAUGCUACAGGAACUAAUUAUGAACGUAAACUUUGGCAUGGUACAACCAUGGAGGCAGUGGAUAGUAUUAACACUUUUGGAUUCAAUAGAAGUUAUUGUGGAAAGAAUGCUGUGGCAUUUGGUAAUGGAGUUUACUUUGCUGUCAAUCCAACUUAUUCUGCUCAGGCCCAUUAUGCUCGUCCUGAUCCCAAUGGUAACAAGAGGAUGUAUAUGUGUAAAGUUCUAGUUGGAGAUUUCGCCAAAGGACAAGGUGGCAUGAAAGUUCCACCACCUAAACCAGGAGCUGCUGGGGGCCAUAUUUUAUAUGACAGUGUUGUGGACAAUCCUCAAAAUCCUGGCAUCUUUGUUAUAUUCCAUGAUUCUCAGGCUUAUCCUGAAUAUCUCAUUGUUUUUAAAUGAUACAUAUUUACGGCGUGGAAGUUUAUUCCACAAAUAACUCGUAGCAAGCCAUUCUCCCCUAAAAAGUAUAAGAAUUAAAAAGAAAAUUGUCAUAAAGUUUAUAAUUUUGAUCAUUUUAUCAUUCCGACAUUUUAUAAAAACAUGCAGAUAGUUAGUUUAAUUCCAUUUAUAAUGAAGUUUAUAUAUUUUGAUAAUUUCAUCAAUCAGGGAUUAGAAAAUUCAUUAAAGUAUGAUUAUCAUAAAUUUUCUUUCAUAUUGAGGAAAUAUUUAACCAGUUUUCAAAGUAAUUUCUUAUGUAAAAGUGUAUAUUAAAGCCGCUUUCCCUUCAAAAACCAUGUUUUUUAUUCUAUUAUUAUAGUAGAUAUCUAAGAAAGUGUUUCGUCAAAUAUUAUUGAACAAUGAAUUUACUAUUGGUACUGUGAAUACUGUGGAUUCAUUAAUAAUUGUUGUACAUGCUAUAAUUUUUGUGGAUUUCAUGGGUAGGGAUGCUUUGUUUUCUUAGUUUUACUACUGUGACAUUUGUUUUUUUUUCCACAUUUUUGAUAUAUAAAAAUGAAAAGAUAUCGGGAAGUCAUAGACCAUAUAGUCAUUAGCCUAUGACUUCAUUAUUUAGAUUAUAUAGUAAAAUCAUUUUUUUCAAGCCUGCAACAUUUUGUCGCGGUAGUGUGACAUCGUGAUCCUAUAUUCUGAUGUCAUUGGCGUUAUUAAUAUUUAGGUUCAGUCUGAGGUUAAAGUUUUGUUAGACCAGGGACUUUCUAUACUAACGGGACUCGUCUCUAUUGAUUUUGACUAAUUACUAAGCCGCCUGUUUAAAGCUACCACCCAACAAUAAACUUAGUUUCGUAUCUCUGAUAUACGAUGCUAGUAGUUAUUUGCGUAUUAAUUUUCACGGUUCUUUGUAAUUAUAUAAUUAUUAUUAGUUGUUAAUAUAAAAUCUGAUUAAUAGCCAUUUACGAUGACAAAAAAUAUAAGAUUUUGAAAGAAUGAUGAAUUAUCAAACUUAGACGUAUCGUUUUAAAGAACAUCCCAGUUGUGUAAAAUGGUUUACAUAUCAAACAAGAUGGCGGCUACUGAAUAUUCAACGAAUAAAUACCUCAAAGUUCAAAGAUCAAUAUUUCAAAAACGAACCGAGAAAUCUUUUGAAAAACAACAUUUGCAAUGACAAAAUGUAUAAAAUUUCAUAAAACCGAUUUUUUGUUAAACUUGAAAAUUUAGUUGUGAAGAACACUUCGUAAAUGUGAAAUGAUUUGCUAUAAAGUCACGUGACAUCAGCUACGGCCGAGAUCAGUCUGAUAAUUUGUAUAGACAUCGUCAUAAGUGACCAGUCCCGUUAGUAUAGAAAGUCCCUGGUUAGACAUCAACGACUUUGUCAAAACUAGAAACCAAUGAUGGUAUAUGAUUUCCAUUUAAAUUAAUUUAAAGAACUAAUUGCACUCAUAUUCAACACAAACAAAGGUUUUUAAAAGUAUCUUAAUUUUCAUAUUGUUCACAUUUAAUAAAAGAUAACUUUUACAGAAGCAAUUAAAAUAACUGAUUGCAAAUAACAGUGCAUUAAUUUUAAUAAAAAGAAGAAAUAUGAACAACUUAAACAAUACUAACAGCAUUUGUGUAGCUUAUCUCUUAUUUAUAUAAUAUUUUAUUAUAAACACCCAUCCUGAUGUACAAAAAAUAUAAAUUCGUUUUGCUCAGUCUUUAGUUUUCUAUGUUGUGUUUUGUAUACUGUUGUUUGUCCUUUUGUCUUUUUUCUUUUUUGCCAUGGCGUUGUCAGUUUAUUUUACACCUAUGAGUUUGAAUGUCUCUUUGGUAUCUUUCGCCUCUCUUUUGAAAUAUCAAGCAUUUAGUUGCUGCGUAGGACGUUAACCAUCCAACCGGCCGACGUAUAGAAAGAAAAAAGAUACAAGGACGUAACAACAGGAUGAUUCAUACUUUUCUGCAACAAAACAAACACAGACGCACCCUUAACAACACACGCGUAUGUAAACUGGCAUAACAAGAAACUGUGCAUCCUUAACAGAUGCUUAAAAUUUCGUUACUUUGAAGUUUUAGUCAAUAGUGCUUUUUGUUAUGUUUUUGUAAAAUUUUGAAUUGAAGGACUUCUUUUACCAAAAUGAAUUAAUUUGAAUCUGUAACAAAAUAUAAUAUUACUUGAAACAGAAAUUUGAAUCUAGUUAAAAACGUCUUCCUAUUUUUGAGAUUGAUACUCAAAUUUUGCCAAAACGUAUCAAAAUUGCUAAUUUUAGGCAUAUGUAUGUAUUUAUGAGUUGGUCACAUGUUAGAAGUACGCCCAAAUGUUGUUUUAACCUUACAUAACCGAAUUUUAGCAGAGAUUGAAGGACUUUUACAAAAUGAUACUUGUUCGAAAUAAAUGUUCUGAAAAAUCGGCAUUAAUUUAUUUUUGUUCAUCAAAAUAUACAUAUAUGACAAAAUGUAUGAAAACUGUCAUCUUAAAUUUAUUUUAGCUGCCUAGUGUAUCGGAGCUUUUACAAUAUAGUUUGCUUUGACGUAUAAUGAGUAUGGUAGUGAGACAAUCAAAUCGAUACACUGUAAGCUU